GCCGAUGGAGAAGUAAAUAAACAUGGCGGAAGAAGGCGUAGCAGACACUCCGAGUUUGUCCUCGGCGGAUAAAAUAAGUGCUUUGUCGUUUGAUAUUGACGAGCUUGAUGACUCCGAGUUUGAGAUCCCAAAGGUUGACAAUGUGCCAACAUUAGAGAGUAUUUUGAAUGAGGCUGAUGAUGACUGCUCAGUCCUGGGAGAGGAUGAGCUGGGUCUGUCAACGGCAGCUGCUCGCACCAUGCAGCUGCUGCAAGCUGGGGAGUCUGCGGAAACGUCUUCCCUGUCUAGCCAGGACAGUCAUGACUCACGGCGUAAAGAUAGAGGAAAAAAGCCUGUCGGCACAGUGCAUGGAUCUGUGCUGCGACCGAGCAAACUGAAGAGUGUCUCAGCUCAGUUGUUGUCUGCUGCGGAUCGAGUGGAUGCUGGGAUGCCUACUGCUUUGGUUGUUUCGUCUUUUAUUGGUAUCGGCACAUCACAUGGUCUGGUUUUGGUUUUUGACCCCAAACAAGUGCUGAAGUGGUGUCUGGGCAGUACAGCUGUUGGGGCUCAGUAUGGCUCCGUCUCUGCUCUCAGCUUCAACCGAGACUGCACCAGGCUGCUAUGUGGAUUUGCACGUGGACAGAUUACUAUGUGGGACUUGACUACGGGCAAACUUCUCCGUACCAUCACUGAUGCCCACCCUCCUGGCACAGCUGUUCUACAUGUCAAGUUCACAGAUAGCUAUGUCCUUGCUGUGUGUAGCGACAGUGGGGGAUCUGUUUUUGAGCUCGAGUUCAAACGACUGAUUGGAGUGAGGACAUGCGAAUCACAGUGCUUGUUUUCUGGCAGUCGCGGAGAAGUAUGCACUGUGGAGCCUCUACACAUGAACUACACCAUAAAAGACCAUCCGAUGCAGGAUGUUAUGAUUCUGGCCAUGGCUUCAUUUUCCAAGGUCUUGUUGGUGACUUUGAGACCUCAUCUUAAAGUGAUGUUCACUUAUCCCCUUAAGGGUGACGGUUCCACCUUGCCUUUGUUGGCUUGGCAGUUUGUCAUCAUCCAGGUGUCGGAGAAAGACAGAGUCAUUGAUCCAGUACUGUCCUUUGCCAGAGACAGGACCAUUUACUUCUAUCAGGUGAUCUGUCAAGGCCCCCAGGACAUACGGGCUGUUGCUCUCCAGAAGAUGGAGGUCCCUUACCAGCUCCUGAGCAUCACGUGGAUGAAUGCUCGCACUUUGGUGUGCUUGGAUCGUACGGAAAAACUGCAUGUGAUUGAUGUACGCUCAGAAGAAGAGCUGGAGGUGAUAGAUGUUGCAGGCACACAACUGGUGUAUGGCACCAGCUACUUCAAGUCCCUGGCCACAGGAGGAAAUGUCAGUCAGGCUCUGGCAUUUGCUGGUGACCAGGCCUGCUACCAGUCGGUUGUCAGUCACAGUGGACAGCUGUUCCUGCUGGGCACUAAGGCUGUUCACAUGUUCUCACUCAGGACCUGGAGAGAGAGGAUCACCGUCCUAGCAAAGGAAAGUCGCUACCAAGAAGCUCUGGCUUUGGCCUUGUCAUUUUACAAUGGCACCGCCAAAGCUGUUAUUGGCCUCACAGGCACCAGACAGAAGAAGCAGGAACUCGUCUCGCAUGUGAUAGUGGAGUUGCUGAUGGAGUAUGUUGAGCUGUCUAUGAGCAGGACUCCGUCCAAUGGCAAGAUUGAGGAGCUCGAGGAUUACUACCAGGAGAUUGUUCCAGUGUGCGUGGACUACUGCCUUCAUUUAGAGAACCUAGAGCUGUUGUUCGAUCGCAUCUAUGAACGGUUUGCAGCGGACGUGAUAGCCAAAGGCACGUUCUUGGAAUGUCUGGAGCCAUACAUGCAGACUGACAAACUGACAGCCAUUCCUCCAGCGGUGAUGAAGGACUUUGUGGACCACUAUGAGAUGAGAGGACUGCUGGACAGUGUCGAGUCUUGCAUUGUGCACCUGGAUAUUCAGAGCUUGGACAUACAUCAGGUGGUGAACCUGUGCUGGAGCCACGGCCUGUACGACGCCAUCAUCUACGUGUACAACAAAGGCAUGGCUGAUUUCACCACGCCCUUGGAGCAGCUCCUAGUUCAGCUCGGCUCAGCACUCAGCACAGGGAAACAACUUAACGAUGUGAACAUCAAACUAGGCAACAAGCUUUUGGUAUAUAUCAGCUGUUGCCUUGCUGGUCGUGCUUAUCCCUUGGGUGACAUACCUGAUGAUUUGGUGUCUGUAGUGAAAUCUCAGGUGUUCCAGUGUCUGACCUGUCUGCACACAGCCAAGCAUCAUGAAGAUGAGCCUGCAUAUCCAUACCUGCGCACUCUCCUAAAGUUUGACACUCGAGAAUUCCUGAAUGUUUUGGCUCUCGCCUUUGAGGAGCCAGAGUUUAACAGUGAAGAAGGAAUUCAAAAGCGUCAGCGUGUGGUGGACAUUUUACUUCAAGUCAUGGUUGAGAGUGUUGGUUUCACACCUACACAGAUUGGAAUCCUCUUCACCUUCCUGGCCCGCCAGAUGGCACGACACGAGAACACCAUCGUGGUCAACAGGGUACUAUUUGAGCAGGUUCUGGAGUUCUUGGCCAACCCGGAGGACGAGUCUCGCCACGAGGAGAGACAGCAGGCCCUGAUGGAGCUACUGCAGGCUGGGGGGCUGGCUCAGUUCAACGAGGGCAGGCUCCUCAGUCUAGCUCACACUGCAAAGUUCUAUCGUGUUUGUGAGUACCUGUAUGAGAAGAAGCGUUCUUACGACAAGAUCUUGACCUGCUACCUAAGGGAUCCUGCACGUAGAUACCAUGUGUUCAACUACAUUGACAGCAUCAUGCAGAGCCCAUCUUGUCUGCCCGAGGAAAAAGAUGCGCUCAAAGCUGAGGCUCUGAAAAACUUGGAGGACUUGGUGAGCAUUGACUGCAAGCAGGCGGCAGGGACGGUCCUCUCGUGUCUGACCAGCGGUCUACUGGAGGUGCUGAACAAACUGAAGGGGAACAAACAAGUACUGUUUGACUUCCUGCAAGGUGUCAUCACAUACAGGGAUGCCCAAAGCAGCGCGCUCAAACCGGAGAAGCAGAUACAUCUUGAGCCUCAGGUGCUGGAGCUGUAUGUUGACCUUAUGUGUGAGUUCAAGCCUCAGGAGGUCUGUAACUUCAUCAAGAUGAAUGAGGGAUACCGCCUGGAAGAAACUUUACAGAUUGUGCGGAAACACAAGGCAUGGGAGGCAACUGCCUACCUGUUGGAAAAGGCAGGAGAUAUACAAGGGGCUUUCAGGAUUUUGUUAGAGAAUUUACAGAGUAAUUUGAAGAAUCUGAGUCAACAACUGACAGAGCAGAAGGCCGAUUCUGCAGGAGUGAUGGUGCUUUUCUCCAAAGCAGAGACCCAGCUCUUUGUGGUGGUUCAACUGUGCCAGAGAAACUCGGGCAAAAUUGAUGAGGCCGCCAGGGAGGCUCUGUGGUUCCCCUUGCUGGAGGCAAUUGUGUCCCCCCAGAGGAAGCUGAAAAACUCGGUGGACAAAGAGGCCAUGGACAACUUCAAAGAGAUGACUCAUCAUGUUUUAAACAGCAUGAUGGGCUACAUCUCUCCUCCGGCAAUCUUGCAGAAAAUCAUGCAGGAUCCAGCCUACAACACUGGCAAGUUUGGUGAGGUGAAAGAGCUUAUCAUUGGCAUGCUGGAGAACUACAACUAUGAGGAGACACUGAUGGAGACAUGUAAGAACCUUCUCUACCAUGACUUGCACAUCCACCUGCGUAGCUUGACGCAGACUGCGACCAGGGGCUUUGUACCCAGGGGGGACAACUGUAACAUUUGUAACCAGAACUACACCGAGGCAACCCCUGCUGAGACGAUCCUGGUGUUCAGGUGUGGCCACAGCUACCACAUGCCAUGCCUGAGGGCUGUGGGUUCAAUCCAUGUUCUGGAUGGAGAGGAGCUGUGGUUGUGCUACCACUGCAGCAACAGCAGAAGUUCUCGUACCGUGACCAGCUCGCGUUUCCACCGCUCACUCUCCAACAAUGAGGCCAGGAUGAAAUCGGGCCGCAGAGAAAAGAAAGAGACCACCGAGAUGAUCUUAGACCCUCAUCAUUUACAAGCUUUUGAGAACAUUCGGAAGUCAAUGAAGACACCAUCAAGACUGGCCAUCCUGACAGAGUUAUCGAAGCCCAACUCUUACUCUGGACAGCGGUCAAGCACAGGUUUGCUCCAGAAUGAGAAUUUCCAGCUACGUUUGGCUGCCCCGAGUCCAAUAUCCAGCAGCUAGCCACAUAUGUUGUGUUAGUUUUUGUCUUUUGUUAUUUUAAUUUGGGACCUCUUGAGUCUCAUUACUCAUUUCAUAGUGAUAUGACUUGGUGCUUACUCUCUCGUAACAAAAUUAAUUUAUUUUAAGAAGUUACUCAAUCAAGACUUAAUUCAAUCAGGUUUCUUUUGGAUUCCUAAACCCAUAUUUUUAAAACAUAAAAGUAGAUUUUGGUUGUCUAAGAUGGAACUGGGUCAUUCUCUUAAAGUACUUUUCAAAUCUUUGCAGCUUAUUAAGUAUCCCGUAGUCACUAUUUUUCCAUGAAAAAAAAUGUGUUUUGGCUUCUUUGCAAAAUGCCCUUCGAUUCCUUUAUUUUUGUCGUUUAAAAUACUGAUGUGAUACAAGAAAAAUAAAGGAGAUAAUCCAGAUGCCAGUCUAUAAAUUUCCCAUGACUGAUAUGGUAAUGUUAGUCAAAUGAAUUUUACUUUAUUUGUCAUUUUGUCAUUCCUGUAUGUUUAUACUCACUCAAAGUUAAAUGAUAGCUGGACUUAUUUCUUUAGCUCUGUUUUGGAUUAGAACUAAGUGUAUAAGAUGCUGUGCGUUGGAUUUUGGAAUGCUCUCCGGAAGAGAGAUGGUUCGAACAUUGUAAUAAAACAGAACAUGUCUGUGAUUGUGCUGCUGUAAACCUUAAAAUCAUCAAUAUCUUGCAUGUCGGUUUCUAUGGCUGCUUGAAAUGUCAGCUGUAAUAGAACCUGUUUCUAUCAUUUUGCAGAUUGAAAGUCCUUGUUUAAUUGCAUAAUUUCUCACUUUAGAAGUUUUUUCUUCUCCAAGGCAUCUCAUUGGAAGAAAAUACAAUGUCAAGAAAUGGAAUUUUACUGGAUAGAUUUUUUCUUUCAAAUCAAAGGCUCACAAUAGUUCCCAUAUGAUGCUGAAAGCUCAAUAAUAUUGUAAUGUUCAUGACUUUUUUUCCAUUCCUGUGAGAAAACCACUGUUGUUUUACAUAUGUUUAUGUUGCUGUUGUGAUAAGUCACUCAAUGUGUGAACAAUGAACAAAUACUUGUGAGUGGGAGUAUGUUUUUAUUACAUGUGUAUGUGCUGGUGGUAUGAGUUCCAAGGCAGUGUGUUUGAUUUUCUGCAAGUUCUGAGUUACUUUUUUUGCUGUGGUUGAACAAUAAUGAAAGGGGUUUUGUUUCUGUGCUCUUUUUACCAAGUGGAUAUAUCUGUAGCACAGUGGUAUUUUGUGCACUUCAGAAAGACCAGUAGAAUGUGUAAAUGCAUAUUUUUACCAAUUUCUUGGCUAGGUGGUCUAAAACCCUUUAAGUGUUUUCUUGUCCUCUUUCUCACUGUUACUAUUCGUCGAAGAGGUAUUCACCUCAUUUUUGUGAAGUUUGGCUGUUAUUAGCUGGUGUGUUGUGAAGUGCUUUACAAUUAGUUCCUCAAAUGUCAUGAGAAAUUAAGAUUAUAUG